CUUUCCCAACAUCAGUACGGAGAAGACGGUGACGGACAUCGGCACCACGGGGUCAUGGAUAGAGAAAGUGGUUUCACCUCGAGGAGAAAAGUCCAAAGAGUGAAAGACAAGAUGGCAGAGCAGCAUGCCAAGCCCAAAGUCAGCCAGGGUGUGGCUGCAGAGCUGAUGAAGAAACACUACAACCUGACUCCCUCAGAAAUGCGCUAUCUGCCCAGCUACGAUGACCAGAACUUCUAUGUUGCGACCGCCGAAGGGGGCCAGUAUGUGCUGAAGAUUAUGAAUUCGGAGGACAGCAAGGACCCCACCCUGUUCGAACUGCAGACUUAUGCCAUGGCCUUCAUGCAUGAGAAUGGACUUCCUACCCAAACAGCUCUGAGGACAACCACGGGACAGGACAUGUUCCUGGAAGACAUGGAGUCAAGUGCACCAGCAGCAGCAGCUGUCUGUCAGCCCCCAAGUCCCCCUGCCCCUGAAUCAGCCCCAGUACCCCCACAUGAGGAAAGAGAUUGUGGCUAUGGCUUACAGAAGUACUUGGUGCGCCUGUUGACUUAUUUGCCCGGAAUCCCUAUUUCCAAGGUUCCUUUGUCACCACAGCUACUUCAUAAAGUAGGCCAGACGGCAGCCAGAGUUGACAACAUCCUCAAAGAGAUGAAACAUCCUCAACUUUCAGUGCUGCAGAGGGAAGGGUUUAUAUGGAAUUUGUCAAAUGUUCUCCUUCUGGAGAAAUACAUGCACGCCCUCGAUGGAGACCCUCUCCAGGAGGUUGUGAAGUCUGUCCUCCAUCAGUACAAGACCUUCGUAGUCCCAAAAUACGCAAGUUUCCGCAAGUGCCUUAUUCACGGGGACUUAAAUGACCUUAAUCUGCUUGUGCAAGCUAAAGAGAGUAAUGGCCACAGGAUUUCUGGUAUCAUUGACUUUGGGGACAUGAACAUCAGUUAUUAUGUCCAUGAGCUGGCCAUCGCCAUCAUGUACAUGAUGCUGGAGCACCCCGAGCCCCUUGAGGUGGGUGGACCGAUCCUAGCAGGCUGGGAAAGCGUCUUUCCGCUCAACGAGGCCGAGAAUGAUUGUCUCUUUUGGUUGGUGUUGUCACGCUUCUGCCAGUCGUUGGUGCUAGCUCGUUAUUCUGUAACUCUGCACCCGGAAAACGAGGAGUAUUUAAUGAUUUCAUCGAAGAAAGGGAUUACGAUUUUACGUCGACUGUUGGAGAUGGGAAAAGAGCAGGUGGAAAAAAUCUGGUUCCAGACAGCUCUGCAGUUCAAAAAUUAGGGGUAUUUUAUUUGAACUAAGCAAAUUAUCUGCCAAUAGAACAAGAAAAUUCGGCUUGUCGAGACUUUCCAAAACAAGUAAAAUUAACUCACCUCAAUGAACCCCAAGAUACCUUAAAAUAAGUAUAUUCUCACUAAUAACAAGUACACUUUUCUUGGUACUUGAGACCUUUUUGCUCAAUAUGUUGAAAAAUAUUCUUAGAUUAAGUAAAUGCUAGUGUCAUUAUCUUGACAUAAUGAUAUGCGCUCGGCAUCAUGAUUUUUUUUUUCAUGCUUGAAGUAAGAAAUGAUUACUUUAAAAAAGUAGUUUUAUACUUGUGAGUGUUGAUGACACAGCUUUGCAACAGUUGAUAUUCUAGUUUCAAGCAUGUUUUACUCAAUAUAGGUCAUCAAAUCUCAGCAACAAGCUGUAAUAUCUUACUGAGAUAAUUUAGGACCAAAACCCUUAAAACAAGUAAAACACUCUAACAUAAAAUCUGCUUAGUGAGAAGAAUUAUCUUAUCAGACAGAAAAUAAGAAAAUGUCACCCUUACUUGAGAUAUUUAAUCUUACUUAGAUUUCAGUUUUUGCAGUGUGUACAUUAAUUUAACUUAAUUUGACAAUAACAAUCAUAGAAAUAGAUCAAAUUUGCUUUUGUCAGGACCUUUGACGAUGGCCUAUCAAGAGCACCAUCCACUGGUUUUAAAUCCCAGGGUUCCAAAGUACUGUACCAGACUCCCAGGGAGGCGCAGUUGACAUGGUAAGAGAGUAAAAAGCAAGAAAUAUUUCAAAAUGUGCUUCGGAAAAACAGUUUUUGAGCGAGUAGGGAAAGAGUAGGGACCAAAUGAGGAGUCUCAAUUAAAUGUCAGUGUAAGUGUGGCUUGACUGCCCAGUCUGACCAAUUUAUAUUAUAUGUACAGUUGAAACUCAAACAGUUUGAAUAUCAUGCAAAAGUGUAUUCAUGUCAGCAUUUUAACUUCAAAUGUGAAACUAAUAUUUGAUAUGAACUCAUUACACACAAAGUGAGAUAUGUCAAACCUUUAUUUGUUAUCAUUUAGAUCACAUGUAGAGCAACUUCUUCUACCAUGGGGAAAAUUGGGGAAUGAUAAACAACAACUAUGUUCACUCCAAACAUGUGACUUUAGCAAGCAUCUUGGCACUUCCCAGCAUACCUUGCGGCAUCUUUUUGUAAAUAGUAGCUCAAAGUACAAUGUUUUAUAAUUUUAGUUUUUUUUCAUAUUCUUUUUUUUAUUAUGAUUCUUACUACUUAAGACCUACCAUAGCUUGCCACACUUUCAAAAAACUGUGCUUUAAACAUCUGUAGACUACGUGAAGCAAACUGAGCAACUUCUAAGAAAAAUGCCGUGUCCUAAGAAGAGAACUGGACGUGUCCCUGCACCUUUAUCUUUCUGUUGAUGGAGUAGACCAACAAAAGGGUUUCUAAAGCAUGUGACACAAUCGACUUUAGCACAGUUGCGUUUUUAUUGCACUUGGUUAAACAUUGUCUGGCUUUAAAUCCAAGCGUCUCUAAAUUGCAGUGCAUUCAUUCCAUUUAGUUUUUUUAAACAAGGGCAAGUGUUUGUUAUUGUUUUUUAUUUAACUUAAACCGGAACUUACCGUAUUUUAAAUCCAGUAAUUAAAGAACACAUAACUACUUAAAGGCCUACUGAAACCCACUACUACCGACCACGCAGUCUAAUAGUUUAUAUAUCAAUCAUGAAAUCUUAACAUUGCAACACAUGCCAAUACUGCCGGGUUAACUUAUAAAGUGCAAUUUUAAAUUUCCCGCCACACUUCCGGUUGAAAACGGUUUUUUAUGCUGACGUAUGCGCGUGACGUCAAGGGUUGGUACGGAAGUAUACGGACCCAUUGAAUCCUAUACAAAAAACUCUGUUUUCAUCUCAAAAUUUCACAGUAUUCUGGACAUAUGUGUUGGUGAAUCUUUUGCAAUUUGUUUAAUGAACAAUGGAGACUGCAAAUAAGAAAGUUGUAGGUGGGAUCGGUGUAUUAGCGGCGGACUACAGCAACACAACCAGGAGGACUGAGAGAUGGAUAGCAGACGCGCUAGCCGCCGAGCUCACCUUAACUUCCUCCGUCUCCGGGCUGCCAACCGCAUCUGUGAUCGGGUGAAGUCCUUCGUCGCACCGUCGAUCGCUGGAACGCAGGUGAGCACGGGUGUUGAUGAGCAGAUGAGGGCUGGCUGGUGUAGGUGGAGAGCUAAUGUUUUUAGCAUAGCUCUGUGAGGUCCGGUUGCUAAGUUAGCUUCAAUGGCGUCGUUAGCAACAGCAUUGUUAACCUUCGCCAGCCUGAAAAGCUUUAACCGUGUAGUUACAGGUCCAUGGUUUAAUAGUAUUGUUGAUUUUCUAUCUAUCCUUCCAGUCAGGGGUUUAUUUCUUUUGUUUCUAUAUGCAGUUGAGCACAAUGCUAUCACGUUAGCUCGUAGCUAAAGUGUUUCGCCGAUGUAUUGUCGUGGAGAUAAAAGUCACUGUGAAUGUCCAUUUCGCGUUCUCGACUCUCAUUUUCAAGAGGAUAUAGUAUCCGAGGUGGUUUAAAAUACAAAUCCGUGAUCCACAAUAGAAAAAGGAGAAAGUGUGGAAUCCAAUGAGCCAGCUUGUACCUAAGUUACGGUCAGAGCGAAAAAAGAUAUGUCUUGCACUGCAUUCUAGUCCUUCACUCUAACGUACCUCAUCCACAAAUCUUUCAUCCUCGCUCAAAUUAAUGGGGUAAUCGUCACUUUCUCGGUCCGAAUCUCUCUCGCUCCAUUGUAAACAAUGGGGAAAUGUGAGGAGUCCUUCCUCCGGUGAUGUCACGCUACUUCCGGUACAGGCAAGACUUUUUUUAUCAGCGACCAAAAGUUGCAACUUUAUCGUCGAUGUUCUCUACUAAAUCCUUUCAGCAAAAAUAUGGCAAUAUCGCGAAAUGAUCAAGUAUGACACAUAGAAUGGAUCUGCUAUCCCCGUUUAAAUAAAAAAAAAAUUCAUUUCAGUAGGCCUUUAAAAAGUAUGGAUUAAAGAAUUAUCAGGGAUAUUUGUGUAUGUUUAAAACGCUACGAUAGCUUUAGUAUAAAUCCACUGACUUGAUUACAAAUGUACUGUACAUUGCAAACUUUGACAAACUCAAGCCAAGUAUGUGAUUCAUAACAAUGAUUUAUUUUUUCUUUCUUUCUUUUUUCGGAUCAUAUACUGUAAAUCCGCCUCUCAGAAAUGUAAUUUAAACAUGAACUAAAGACGUAUUAUAUUUCAAUGAUAAACAUUAAUACAAGAAUUAUGUGGACUCGGUCUCUUGAGCCAUAUUUACAUAUUCCUAAAAAAUGAUGAGAAAGAAUACAUUUGCUUACAACUUACUCAGUCAAGGUCAUUCCUCAGUGCUCAAUUUGUACAGUAAUUAAAAAUGUAUAUUGCUACGUUUGUACUUAAUCACGUUUUUAAAUAAAAAGUGAAAAUAUCUAAAAUAAUUUCUAUAUUAAGUCUAGAAAUGCUGUGUGUGUUCAUUAUUGCCUGAGAGUGUACAGUAUGUGAUGGACAAUAGUAACUUAACCUAUAAAUGCUGUUAUAUGUCGGAAACUCAU